AUGGAGACCUACUUUGAGAUGGUGAUGUGCUCGGAGAUUGAGAAGAGGAUGAUAGCCACAUUCUUCUUAAAGGAUGAUGUUAUGGAUUGGUGGAAGAGUACAAGACAGACUGUGGAUGUGUCCACUCUGACUUGGGAGGGUUUUGUGGAAUUCUUUCGAGAGAAGUACUUUCCAUCUACGGUGAAGGAGGAAUUUGAGCUUGAGUUCCUUGCACUGGUGCAGGGAGAAGUUCAUACGGGGACUUGGGCAAGAGUACAAGACCAUCAUAUUAGCACACUUUGUCUGACUACAAAGGAGCUGAUGUAUGAGAGUGCCCUGAAUUUUAAACCGGUGAAUAAGACUCGAGGAGACGAUGUGGAGUCUAAAGAUGCUCGAGGAAAAGGGAAAGCAAUCACUUCAGGUGGUGGGUCUGCGGGACCAAAAGAUGGAUCUUGGAAGAGGCUGAGGACCUAUCACCAGACUCCGGCUAAGGUGGCAACUCCACCUGUUAGGGCUACACCUGUCAGACUGUGGUCGUCAGUGAGGUGUUUCACUUGCGGCGAAAUGGGUCACUAUGCCUCAGCUUACCCGAAGCCGAGGAAGUAG